AUGAAGCGGCCGUCGUCUCGUGAUGAGGAGAAGGCGGGCCCUUCGAAGAGGCGACUGCAUCCGGCCCAGGGCCCAGCACCCAAAUCAGGGCCGACCUUACGGAAUGAUGGAUAUUAUGACUAUCACUCCGAUAGUGACCCGAUUCUGAGCCCUGUUGAUCUGAAGGCAGAUCGUGAGCAGUUCCUCGGGGCUACACAAGAACAGCGUGAAAUCGUGGUAUACCUCGUGUGCAAAAGUAGUCUUAUCUGCGAAAAAAGCCCGAAAAUGGUGCAGCAGAUCCUCUGCACUUUGGGCUCGUUUUUCCCGGGCAUGGUUAAGGAUCCGCGGUCGGUGUUCCAAGCUCCACAGUGGGAGAUCAAACCCACAAAUAUCGUUAAUGGUCAUGGUAAAGUGGUCGGGUCAUUCUGGCAUCGGGGCUUAGAAGUAGGCAUUCGAGCACAGUCGCCAUUGACCAUUGACAUCAAAGACAUCGAAUACUAUCUCCACGUCGCCAAGGUACCGUUGGGGCAGCCAGCGCGACCCACCUUCCAGGCAUGGACUGUGCAAGCACAGUUAUUGGACGCUACCAGGGAACCGGGAGAACCGUUUGUUGUGAGUAUGCUUUGCGGUAACAGUAAACCGUCCGCACCGGUUCUCCUCGGCCCGGUGUGCAACGAAGCAAACCAGUUACGACGAAACGCAAACGUUAAACCGCGAGCUGUGCUGGCCGAUGCUGAGUCACGUGCGCUCUUGAAAGAACGCACGUCGGAUGUGUGCUGA